AUGUGGCGAUCAAGCUUUGUUGAGCUUAAAAGAUCAAAUUUUUUCGUUCACAAAGGCAAAUCAAGUGAAAUUGAAUUUAUGACUCAAUUGACACCAGAAACCGAAGUUCUAGAGGAGGAUGGUGAAAAGGCCCCAAAGAUCACCAUCAAAACAGGCAACGACGUAAUUUUUUUACAAGUCGAAUCUCAAGAAUUACAAUUACAGUGGGUACAAGCACUUAGAACUUGCACAUUCCGCUCAAAAGACAUAUCAAUGGACGAUUUCAACAUUAUAUCAGUUAUUGGUCGUGGAUUUUACGGAAAAGUUAUGCUUGUCGAAAAUAAAUAUACUAAAGAGAUUUGUGCGAUGAAAACCAUUCACAAGGCCCGUCUCAUUAAAGAAAAGAAAGUUCACACAGUCAUUGCUGAGAGAAAUAUCCUUGUCAAAGUCAAUCAUCCUUUCAUCGUAAAUAUCAAGUAUGCUUUUCAAAAUGAGACCAAGCUUUACAUCGGUAUGGAAUACGUACCAGGUGGUGAGCUGUUCCACAUGAUGCAAAUCGUGGAAAAUCUCCCAAUGAAGGCCAUCAGAAUAUAUGUUGCCGAAGUUGGCCUUGCUUUAGAGUAUAUCCACUCCCUAGGUAUUGUAUAUCGCGAUUUGAAGCCAGAGAAUAUCUUAAUUACAGCGGAAGGCCACAUUAAAUUAACUGACUUCGGAUUGGCCAAAGUUUUACCAGAAGACGAAGGCGAAGACACAACAAAGACAUUCUGCGGAACCAACGAGUAUUUACCACCAGAAAUGAUCAAGAGAGAAUACUAUGGCGCAAUGAUCGACUGGUGGGCCUUAGGCAUCCUUACUUACGAGCUUAUUUACGGAGAUACACCAUUUGUACAUAAAAGCAAGCAUAAAAUGUACGAAAAAAUCUGUAAUGAAGAACCUCAUUUCCCAGACAACGAAGAUCCAAACGUUGUUGACUUCAUUACGAAACUCCUUAAGAAGGACCCAAAGAAGCGCGCAAAACUGAAGGAUUUGAAGAACCAUCCUUUCUUCAAUGGCUUAAAAUUCGAAGAUGUACUCGCUUUGAAGGUCAAACCGCCGUUCCGACCAAGAAUCGGUUCCGACCGCAGCGUUAAAAACUUUGACUCGGAAUUUACAAAAGAAGCCUGCAUCGACUCAACCGCAGCGAUCGUGGAGACAAACGGAGCCUUCACUGGAUUCUCUUACAUCGCUGGAGACCAGUAA